AUACAGUACAGUAGGCUACUUCAGUAGGCUACACUCAAGCAGGGAUGGUCGGGCUCUACUCUACUAAAGUCGGCCUACAGUAGUAGAGUACAGAAAGGGGAGGGGGCGUACCCUUAAGUAAACAAGCGACGCCUUUAGCUUUGGACGUGCAGGAAUAUAGAGGGAAGUUGAAUGCCGUGAGAGAGAGCGAGGUUAUAGUUGUGUUGGUGCAGCAGUACAUAUCGGGGAAGAAACGCGGAUAGUGCUAGUUACAGCAGUAAACGGCACUAGCAGUGAUUUAUUUAUUUUGAGCUCUCUCUCUCUCUCUCUCUCUCUCUCUCUCUCUCUCUCUCUCUCUCUCUCUCUCUCUCUCUCUCUCUCUCUCUCUCUCUCUCUCUCUCUCUCUCUCUCUCUCUCUCUCUCUCUCUCUCUCUCUCUCUCUCUCUCUCUCUCUCUCUCUCUCUCUCCCGCUCUCUGUCCCUCCUCGUUCCCUCUCUCCCCCCAUCGUCUGGAAAAGGAGACGGGCUGAUGGAUCUGCAGGCAGCAGCAGCUACAUUACUUCUACUAGUGUGCAGGGCAAACUGUUUGUCCGUGACCAUCCUGAACCCCGAUCCCUCCCAUGUGAUCCGGGGCUCCAACCUGGUCCUCCGUGCCCGCAUCGACCACGGGCCCCUGGAGACGGUUGCCACGGUGACCUGGGAGCGGGAGCCGGAGACGGGGGACGCCAAGGGUAGAGAGGUGCUGGCCUCCUGCUCCCCGGGGGGGCCGGCGUGCCCUGGUCACAUGACCCUCGACGGGCAGCUUACGUCGCUGAGCGUCAACUCGUUCAGCGGAGACGACGGAGGGAUUUACUCGCUGACGGUGUCCGACCAGACGGGGCUUCCCUCCAGGGCCUACUGCGUCGUCCGCGAAUAUGAGCCGGUGCAUCACGUGUCCGUGGGCGUCAACGACUCCCACUCGUCGCUGGUCUGCACAGAGGCCUGGGGCACCGACCCCACCUUCAGCUGGCUCCACGACAGGGCCGCCGUGACCGCCGCGCUGGGCCGCGUCUCCCCCGACGGCAAGACGCUGGCGGUCAGCCACUCACCGCUCUGCGGCCACUUCACCUGCGUGGUCAGCAACAAGCUGGGCUACAGCUCGGCGACGUACACCGCAGCUCCUUGCGAGGCCGUGGAGUCUAGUGGUGUCGCGAUAGCGGUGGUGUGCGUCGUGAUGCUGCUGCUGCUGGCUAUGGGGAUGGCAGCUCUCAUGUGGUGGAGGCGGCGACUACUACGAAGCAGAGGAGAAUGUCUGCACAACCUGCUGGAAACCUGACCCCUAGAGUCACCCGCCCAUACAGGAAGUGGCCUGACCACUAGGGGUGGACUUCCUGUCCAUUCAGUGCUUUGGACAAUGUAUGAAGUGUGAACGGAUUCUAACGAUGGACUUAUUCAUUUUUAUACUUCACAAACACGACUAACCCUUUAUUCCAAUCAGAACUAAUUUUGUAACGCAUUUUUUUUUACAUGGUAUUGGUCUAAUGGGAGGCAGAAUAAAGCCCUGCAAUGUGACUCCCUCACCGAAGCAGCUUAUUUUUGGCAAUCAAAGAUAAGAAUAAUGAAGUGUAAUAGCUUAGUGGGAUGCUUCUAAUUGGAAAACAAGUCCAUAUUUUCGUAAAUCCCCUCCAAGCCCUUUGUUUCCCAUGUCCUUCUCUACACUUACGAUUCACGUGUUCAAGUGUUUCGGAGAUGAGACCGUCCAACAGUAAAGUUGACAGACUCUAAAUGGAACCUGGGUGUAGCGGGAGAUUGACGACAGGCAGGAGGCAGUAAGGGGAGAGUUCAUGUUGAGGACGGGGGGUACGACGGCAACGGUUACCAUCUGUCAUUCUGCCACAUCAGGGACUCAAUGCCAGAGAUCAGAUCUGCUCUGCGCUGUUAUUCUGAAAUCGACUCUUGGAGGAAGUAAGAGCCGAUAAAAGCAACUGGCCCUGCAGAGCUCAAAACAGACGGACGGAACAAUUAAAGACCGUAGUUGUUCCCUUGUGGACGGUGGAGCCGGAUAACGUUUAACCUGUACCUGCUGUUUAUAAACCACACUAUUAACACUUUACUAAAAUCCUGAUUCUACAAAAUAAAAACAAUUCAGUAAGACUCAAACUCUCA